AUGUCUGAAUCUCUUUCUCCUCAGGAGCCAUGGUCUUUAGCGGGAAAAACGGCUAUAGUUACUGGGGGAUCACGAGGGAUUGGCCGAGCCAUUGCGCUUCACUUUGCUCGUAAAGGCCUGAGCAAUAUCGCCAUCACUUAUGUGGCAAACCGCAACGCGGCUGAGGCAACUUUGGAUGAAUGCCGUAAACUCGGCAUUAAGCACUCAAUUGCCAUUCAGGCAGACGCACUUGAUCCAGACUUCGGCACGAAAAUCAUUCCUGAAGUCCUUCGGGGACUCAAAACGACAACAAUCGACAUUCUCAUCAACAAUGCGGUUUUAGCGGACCCAUCCGCGGCGAAGCCCAUCAAGGAGACCACACUCAAAAAUUUCUUGGAGAUCAUGCAAGCAAACGUCUACGCGCCAGUCUCGCUUACUACCGCACUCAUGCCACAUCUACCAACAUAUAGGGGUCGCAUCGUCAACAUCUCGAGCUGCGCUUCCAAGCAGGCAAACUCGGAUCCUAUCAUAACAUAUGGCGCCAGCAAAGCCACUCUCGACAGCUUUAUGCGCUCAUUCGCAGACAACUUUGCCAAGGAGAAAGGGGCGACAUUCAACAGCGUCAUCGAACAGCUUCGAGAAACAUCCGCUGCAGAUAGAAUUGGUGUCCCGGAGGAUAUUGCGUACAUUGUUGGCUUUCUAGCCAGCGAAGAGAGCAGAUGGAUCAAUGGUGCUGCGGUAAGUGCAAACAGGGGGAACAGAAAGGUUCUUGCGGCGCUCGGUUAG